UGUUUCUAAUAUUUUCCGAUGAUAAAACGUGGAUACGGAAAUGAAAGAUAGUUUUUCCGUCCUGUUGGUUUUCAUACCUCGAGAAAACCUUCGACAGUGACCCGGUCCGGUGGGUGUGGCUCGCUUCCUCUCUGUCCGACUCCUUUCCUUCAUUUUCCUCUUCUGACCUCCGGCAGCACCAUGGAGAACGUCGCCGCGAAUCCUUCCGCUGCGGCCGCCGCCGCAGGGAAUGGCGUCCAAGCAUCGGGGGCCGGAGGGGAGCGCCCGGAGGACGCGUCGAAGCAGAACCUGGCGCAGGUGACGAGCUCGAUCCAGAAGACGCUGGGCCUGCUCCACCAGCUCAACCUCACCGUCUCCUCCUUCAACUCUGCCUCCCAGCUUCCCCUCCUCCAGCGCCUGAACGCGCUCGUGGCGGAGCUCGACACGAUGCAGAAACUAGCCGAGGGUUGUAACAUCCAGGUGCCAAUGGAGGUCGUCAAUUUGAUCGACGAUGGGAAGAACCCCGACGAGUUUACUAGGGAUGUGCUCAACAGCUGCAUUGCCAAGAACCAGAUCACCAAGGGCAAGACUGACGCUUUCAAGAGCCUACGGAAGCAUCUCCUUGAGGAGCUUGAACAAGCUUUCCCUGAGGACGUAGAAGCAUACAGGGAGAUCCGUGCUACUUCUGCUGCUGAGGCAAAGCGGUUGGCUCAGUCCCAUGGCAAUUUGCUUAAUGGAGAUGUCAAAGUGAAAGCUGAGCAUUGACUGAAGGGUACGACUACAGAGGGUUGCGCGGUAUCUUCAGUUGAUAACUUAUCUUUAUUAUUCUUCCCUGUCACAAAAAAAAGAGAGGCUGGAUGAUAUGAUGGUAAGGUCGCAUCGAAUGGCUUAAGAAACUUGUAGGGGGAAAUGGAUAUGCCUUGUGAGUGUGAGACUGAUCAAACCCUUGCAAAAGUUCUGUGAUAGUCACUGCUUGGCUGAUUGAAGUAAGUUUGAUGUUGAUAUCUGCUGGGAAUAUAUAUAAUCAAUAUAAAAACUUAUCAAA